GAAGGGGAUUUUAAUUUUUCUUAAAUUAUAAUUUUAAUAAAAAUUUUAGAUAAUUAAUUUUUACUUUGACUUAAUCCAACUUGUCUCAACCGAAAAGCUUAACGAGGAAUUUGGGAGAUUGAUUUGAAUCCAUGGAGAGAGAGAGAGAGAGAGAGAGUUGGGAGUAUAAGCGAAACGAACACUUAAUCUCACUGCAAUAAACCCAUUUUUUUCCCUUUUUCUCCUUCACAUUUCUGCAUUUGCUCUAUGGAUUUUAUUAGUUUAUUGUAGAUCUCAAAAAGAAAACAAUGGCGAACUAUUUAGCUCAGUUUCAAACAAUAAAGAGCACUUGUGCUCAUCUCAUCAUUGCUGUUGAAGAUGUCAGUGACUUAUGGCCUGCCGUCAGGAACAAUUUCGAGGAGAGGCUGCCAUUCAGAAGAGCUUGCUUGAAUAACAAGACCCGUAACCCUGUGUUUUUGGAGAAUUUGCCUGCUGAAUUUGUGUUAACCACUGAUGCAAGAUUACGUAGCAGAUUUCCUCAAGAGCAGUACUUAUUUUGGUUUCGGGAACCAUAUGCAACUCUGGUUCUUGUUACAUGUGAGGACCUUGAUGAGUUCAAGAAUAUUGUUAAACCACGCCUGAAAGUGUUUGCUCAAAAUGAUGAGCGGGAAUGGUUUAUUAUAUUUUUAUCUAAAGCUCAUCCAAACAAUGAUCAGGCCACUAAAAUGGCUAAGAAAGUAUAUGCCAAAUUUGAAGCUGAUUUCAGCUCCAAGAAGAGGGAAAGGUGCUGCAAAUUUGACAUAUAUGGUCCUGAACCAAAUUUUUGGGAAGAGUUAGAGUUCAGGAUUAUGGAUUCUAUCAAAAAUACAUUGGAUAGACGAAUACAAUUCUAUGAGGAUGAGAUACGCAAGCUUAGUGAACAACGAUUCAUGCCGAUUUGGAACUUCUGUAAUUUUUUCAUUCUGAAGGAAAGCUUGGCUUUUAUGUUUGAGAUUGCUCAUCUUCACGAGGAUGCCUUACGUGAAUAUGAUGAACUAGAAUUGUGCUACUUGGAAACAGUUAAUAUGGGUGGGAAACAUAGGGAGUUUGGAGGACUAGACUGUGGUGAUGAUCGGGCAGCACUGCUCAACCCUGGAAACAAAUCAUUGACGCAGAUUGUUCAAGGUGACUCAUUCAGGGAAUUUGAAUUCAGACAGUAUCUCUUUGCUUGUCAAUCAAAGCUCUUAUUCAAACUGAAUCAUCCUUUUGAGGUUGCUUUGAGGGGUUAUUCAUUUAUAAUUAGUUUCUCAAAAGCCUUGGAAUCGAAUGAGAGUAUUCUGCCCUUCUGUAUGCGUGAAGUUUGGGUAAUCACUGCAUGCUUGGCUUUAGUCGAUGCAACCAGUAUUCAAUAUAAUGAUGAAGAUGUAGCCCCUGAGACAGAAAAGGAGUUCUAUCGCGUUCAAGGUGAUCUUUACUCACUAUGUAGGAUUAAGUUAUUGAGGCUUGCAUAUCUAAUUGGAUAUGGAACAGAGAUAGAAAGGAGUCCUGUUAACAGUGCUUCUCUAAGCAUGCUGCCUUGGCCCAAGCCGGCAGUUUGGCCUUCAGUUCCAGAUGAUGCUACCUCUGAGGUGGUUGUGAAAGAAAAGAUGAUCCUGCAAGAAACUCCUAGAGUCAAGCACUUUGGCAUUCAGAGGAAACCCUUGCCACUGGAACCUACUAUCCUUGUACGUGAGGCAAACCAGCGAAGGUCUUCGCUUUCUGUUGGAAACUCAUCAGAGAUUUUUUAUGGCAGAGUAGAGUUCAAUGAUGGAUUAGCUGCAGAUGUACCAGCAAAGAUGCCCCAGGCAGAUAAAGCUCAUGAAUUUAUGAUGUCACGUACAUACUCAUCUCCUGGAAAUUUCGAUUGCUCGAUUGGUCGACCUAUGAGACUUGCUGAAAUUUUUGUUGCUGCUGAACAUGCUCUGAAGAAAACAAUUUCAAAUCCUGAUCUCCAGAAAAUUUUGUCAUCUGUAGAGAACUUUGAGCAAAAAUAUAUGGAGCUCACUAAAGGUGCUGCUGACAAUUACCAUCAUUCUUGGUGGAAAAGAUAUGGAGUUGUCCUCGAUGGUGAAAUUGCAGCUGUCUGCUUUAAGCGUGGGAACUUUGACCUAGCUGCAAAGUCAUAUGAGAAGGUUUGUGCCCUUUAUGCUGGUGAAGGAUGGGAAGAUUUAUUAGCUGAAGUCUUGCCCAGUUUAGCUGAAUGUCAAAAGUCACUCAAUGAUGAAGCUGGCUACCUGUUAUCUUGUGUGCGAUUGCUUUCGCUAGAUAAAGGUUUAUUCUUAUCGAAGGAACGCCAAGCUUUUCAAUCAGAAGUUGUUAGUCUAGCACAUAAUGAAAUGACGAACCAUGUUCCUCUUGAUGUAUCAUCGUUAAUUACAUUUUCUGGAAAUCCUGGGCCUCCUAUGGCGCUAUGUGAUGGGGAUACUGGUACCUUAUCUGUGACCGUUUGGAGUGGAUUUCCUGAUGAUAUAACUCUCGAUUCUCUUACUCUCACUUUGAUGGCUACAUAUAAUGCUGAUGAAGGUGGUAAGUUACGGAACUCUAAUGCCACUGUACUAAAGCCUGGUAGGAAUACAAUCACAUUUCCUUUACCACCACAGAAGCCUGGUUCCUAUGUCUUGGGAGUUCUUACUGGCCACAUUGGACAGUUGACAUUCAGAUCUCAUAGUUUUUCCAAGGGAGGUCCAGCAGAUAGUGAUGAUUUCAUGAGCUAUGAGAAGCCAACCCGGCCUAUCUUGAAGGUUUUCAAACCAAGACCUCUAGCUGAUCUGUCUGCAAGUAUAUCAUCUGCCUUACUGAUUAAUGAAACUCAGUGGAUUGGAAUUAUAGCACAGCCUAUAAACUACUCCUUAAAAGGUGCUGUCUUGCAUAUUGAUACUGGUCCUGGUUUAAUGAUUGAAGAGUCACAUUCCAUUGAGAUGGAGAGCAACAAAAAGGCUGGACAGGGCUCGGUUGGUACGGCAAACUCUGGUGAUGCUACAAAAGAUAGUUCUGUGGCUGCAAAAGAUUGUUCUCCAGCUGCUGAUAAACACUUUGAGCAGUUAUGUCUUGUAAGCGGUAAAAUAGAGUUUCCAGAUUGGGCCAGUGAUGUAUCCUCAAUUUUAUGGAUUCCUAUUCGUGCUAUUGAUGAUAAGCUUGCAAGAGGGUCAUCUUCAGGGGCCCCUGAGAAACAAAGUAUUGUGGACAGAAUGAGGACAAUAGCUUUGAAGCUUGAGUUUGGGAUAUCAAAGAACCAGAUCUAUGACACAACCAUAGCUCUGCAUUUCAGUGAUCCUUUCCAUGUGAGCACAAGAGUCGCCAAUCAAUGCAAUGAUAGUACUUUGCUUUUACAGGUAACACUACACUCCCAAGUGAAUGCCACAUUGUCUGUUUACGAUGCUUGGCUUGACCUUCACGAUGGAUUUACACAUGCUGGACAAGGUAAUGGAAGACCUAUUUCUGCAUUCUUUCCACUUGUCAUAUCUCCAAGUUCAAGAGCUGGACUCCUCUUCUGUUUAUGCUUGGAGAAGAGAACUGCUGAAGAUGAGAAUAACGUACCACCAGAAAACAUAUUAAACAUAAGAUAUGAAAUUGCUGGUGAUAGGACCAUUGGGGCACACCCACCUGUGACUAUGAAAUCGAAUGAAAAUGCUGAGGAUACUAGUAAGAAUUUAGUCUUCAGGAGUGCUCUUGUUCUGCAGCAGCCUGUCCUUAGCCCGUGCCUGGCUGUAGGAUUUCUACCUCUUCCUUCCGAUAGUAUUCGAGUUGGGCAACUUGUUACCAUGAAAUGGAGGGUUGAAAGGUUGAAAGACAUUGAGGAGAAAAGAGUUCCUCAAAACAAUGACAAGAUGUUAUAUGAAAUCAAUGCAAAUUCUGAUAAAUGGAUGAUUGCCGGGAGGAAAAGAGGGCAUGUUUCUCUCGACAUGAAGCAAGGUUCAAGGAUAGUUAUUUCCAUAUUAUGCAUGCCCCUUGUUGCUGGAUACAUCCACCCUCCUCAUCUUGGGCUUCCGGGUAUCGAUGAAGUGAGUAUAAGCUGCAGUCCUGCCGGAUGUCACCUGGUUCGCGUCUUGCCUCCUGCUCCUAGUUCAUCCUUCUGUGUUCCAGCAUGAUUUUCCUGGCUUCUCUAAUCAGGUCAUAUUUUUUGGCUUUUGAAGUAGAUCCCAUUCAGCGAAAAUCUAAGUCCGAGAUAAAAUUCAUGUCUCUGUUUUGAUUUUGCUCAAUUUUUGUAAGUUUUCAACAUUUGGAAGAAAAAAAAAUCAAGAGAACUUAGCUGAUAUAGAUCAGAAAAGAUAGUUCCUUCAAUGCUUUCAAAAUUAGUACAUAUACAAAGAACUGUGUAAUAUCUGUGCACAACACAUAAUGCAUAUCAAUGCGAUUCGAUUCCAUUUUGAGUU